AUGGCGUCCAGCGAGAGCCCCUACUUGAUUCUGCCGGGCUCGUCCGCCCACUCCGACUUCCGUUUGAAGCGGCUGGCGCAGGAGAUUGGCGCGACUGAAGUGCGCUCUAUUUGGGCGCAUUUUGUCAACCCCCUGCGCGAGUUGAGCACCACUGAGCUCAACACCCUGCAGCAGCUUCUGCAUUAUGGCGAGUACCCAGAUACCCAUGAUCGCCUAUCACAGGUGCUUCUUGACGCCGUUCACCGUGGUGGUGAGCCGAGGGACGAUAAAACAGUACUCUUCUACAUCUGCCCCCGGGCAGGUACUAUUUCACCAUGGAGCUCAUUGGCAUCCAUGAUUGCGCGCACCUGCACGCUUGAAAAUGCUGUCAAGCGUGUUGAGCGUGGUAUGGUCAUCGCCGCCUCUUUCGACCGUCAGCUCGAGGCUGAUGAGAUCCCCAACCGCGACCGCCUGUACGACCGUAUGACCCAGACCAUCGACCGUAGAGCACCGAACCUGGAAGCUAUAUUUGGUGAGAGUGAGCCUGCGCAGGCUACCACCAUUAGCUUCGAUGAGUACAACAGCGCCCAGGCAGCUCUCGAGCAUGCCAACCGUGAACUUGGACUAGCUAUGGACAAGUCAGAGAUCGAGUACCUCGUUGAGGCGUACACGCAAGAGCUGAAGAGGGGACCUGUGGAUGUCGAGCUGUUCAUGUUUGCCCAGGUCAACUCUGAGCACUGCAGACACAAGCAGUUCAACGCUGACUUCACGGUCGAUGGCAUGCACAAGUCCUACUCGCUCUUUGGCAUGAUUCGCAACACCCACCAGAAGCACCCAGAACACGUCGUCAGUGCCUACAGCGACAAUGCUGCAGUUCUGAAUGGCGAAGAGGCGAGCUUUUGGGCACCUAACAACCUGACUGGCGAGUGGAAUGGAAUCAAGGAGACAGUACAUAUUCUCUGCAAGGUCGAGACACACAACCACCCCACAGCUGUCUCGCCCUUUCCUGGUGCUGCGACUGGAUCUGGAGGCGAGAUCAGAGACGAGGGUGCUGUUGGUCGUGGAUCGAAGCCAAAAGCCGGUCUUGCCGGUUUCACGGUCUCAGACUUGCUGAUCGAGGGAUUCGAACGCCCAUGGGAGCUGCGCGAUGUUGGCAAACCCGCACACAUUGCUAGCAGUCAGGACAUCAUGCUUGAGGCGCCUCUCGGUAGCGCACAGUUCAACAACGAGUUCGGUCGUCCCUGCACAAUUGGCUACUUCAGGACCAUGUUGAUGAAGGUCUUCACAAAUGAAAAAGAGUCGGAAAUUCGAGGAUACCACAAGCCCAUCAUGCUGGCAGGUGGAGUAGGUACAGUCAGGCCCCAGCAUGCGCUGAAGAACCCCGACAUUGUCCCUGCUGGUUCUCACCUGCUCGUCAUCGGUGGCCCCGCUAUGCUUAUUGGGCUUGGUGGCGGUGCUGCAUCCAGUGUGCAGUCUGGUGAAGGCAAGGUCGAGCUCGACUUUGCUAGUGUACAGCGAGGCAACCCUGAAGUCCAGAGACGAGCACAGGAAGUCAUCGACACCUGUCGAUCAAUGGGUGAUAAGAACCCUAUCCUGUUCAUCCACGAUGUUGGCGCUGGAGGUCUAUCAAACGCGCUACCUGAACUUGUCCACGACUCUGGGCUCGGAGCCAUCUUUGAGUUGCGCGAGGUGGACAAUACGGACAAGGGUAUGAGUCCACUGCAGAUUUGGUGCUGCGAGGCUCAGGAACGUUACGUAUUGGCUGUUGGUCCUGACGAGCUUGAGCUCUUCAAGCGCAUCUGCCACCGUGAACGCUGCGGUUACUCGGUUGUUGGUGUCGCCACUGACGAGCAGCGACUUGUCCUGAAGGACAGGGAUUCUAAGGAGAAUCCUACGCCCAUCGACCUUCCCAUGUCUACGCUGUUCGGAAAGCCACCGAAGAUGUCUCGCAUCGUUGAAUCACGAAAGCUGAGGCUUCCUCCCUUCGACAGCAGCCUGUCUAUGUACAUUCCCGACGUACCUAAGGACGGCUUGGUAGCAGAGGCUGUUGACCGUGUGCUCACACUCCCAUCUGUUGGCUCGAAGAAUUUCUUGAUCACUAUUGGUGAUCGCACUGUUGGUGGGUUGACAGUCCGUGACCAGAUGGUUGGCAAAUGGCAGGUCCCAGUCUCAGAUGUAUCGGUCACAGCUACAUCGCUCAUGUCCGGCGUCAAGACAGGUGAGGCUAUGGCAAUGGGUGAGAAGCCCACCCUAGCUCUCAUUUCAGCCGCAGCGUCGGCCAGGAUGGCGGUUGCUGAGUCUCUUAUGAACAUUGCUGCAGCAAGUCUAUUCGAUAGGCUAUCCAGAGUCAGACUGUCCGCCAACUGGAUGUCGGCCAGUAGCCACCCUGGUGAGGGUGCAGCAUUGUACGAGGCUGUUGAGGCUAUUGGCAUGGAUCUCUGCCCACGUCUCGGCAUAUCGAUCCCUGUUGGCAAGGACUCGAUGAGCAUGAAGAUGAAGUGGUCAGACAACGGCGAUGCAAAGGAGGUCACAGCGCCCAUGUCACUUAUCAUCACCGCUUUUGCCCCUGUCGACCGUAUCGACCGAACCUGGACGCCUGCCCUGGAACGUUUCGAAGAUGUUGGUGAGACAGUCCUGAUGUACGUCGAUCUUGCAGCCGGUAGGAAGGCGCUUGGUGGAUCAGCAUUGGCCCAGACUUUCGGACAAGUUGGAGACGAGGCGCCUGAUGUCCACGAUGCCGAUAUCAUCAAGGACUAUUUUGAUGCAGUUGAGCAAUUGCACGAAUCUGGCAUCGUCCUUGCCUACCACGAUCGAUCAGAUGGCGGUUUGUUCACCACUCUGGUCGAGAUGAUGUUCGCUGGCCGAUGUGGUCUGGAAAUUAUGCUUGACGGCGUAGCACGAUCGAGCGAACCAAAGGACGUCCUCGAAGCCCUGUUCAACGAAGAGCUCGGUGCUGUCUUCCAGGUCAGGAAGAAGGAUGAGGUUGCUUUCAACCGCUGCUUUGCCACAUGUGGUCCUCCUCCGGGUAUGAUCAAGAAGAUUGGUCGCGUUCCUGAGGCUUCCAAGCAGGGCCUGUCUAUCGCUGUGGGCUCCCAGACCGUCUACCGCAACACUCGCUCAAGGCUCCAGCAAAGGUGGGCUGAGACCUCGUACCGCAUGCAGCGCCUCCGUGACAACCCUGAGUGUGCGGAUGCGGAGUUUGCAAGUAUUGUUGACGAUCAAGAUCCUGGUCUGUCUUACAACCUCACCUUCAAACCGCAAGAGAACAUCCUGCCACUUAAGGCCAGCAUUUCAUCUGCCUUCACCUCCAAGCCGCGUGUCGCUAUUCUCAGAGAAGAAGGCGUCAACGGCCAGAGCGAAAUGGCCUUUGCCUUCCACAUGGCUGGCUUCUCGGCUAUUGACGUCCACAUGACCGACAUUAUAUCCGAGCGUGUGUCGCUUGCUGGCUUCGUUGGUGUCGCGGCUUGCGGUGGUUUCUCGUACGGUGAUGUCCUUGGCGCUGGUCAAGGAUGGGCAAAAUCUGUCUUGCUGCACCCUAACACCCGCAAGGAGUUCCAGACUUUCUUCGAGCGUCCAGACACAUUCACCCUUGGUGUCUGCAACGGUUGUCAGUUCUUGUCUAAGCUGAAGGAGCUGAUCCCUGGCGCGGAGGCUUGGCCUACUUUCGAGCGCAACGCUUCUGAGCAGUACGAAGCGCGUGUUUGCAUGGUCGAAGUCAUGGACCCCAAGAGCCCCAACAACGAGCCUUCGGUAUUCCUUCACGGCAUGCAUGGCUCCAAAUUGCCCAUCGUCACAGCUCACGGAGAGGGUCGCGCGCACUUCUCCGCGUCGGCAGCAGCAUCCUCGACACCUGAGACCCUCUACAAGGAGAACUUGGUGUCGCUGCGAUACGUUGACAACUACGGCAAGCAGACCGAGGCUUACCCCUACAACCCCAACGGCUCACCACUGGGCAUCACUGGCGUGCGCUCGACAAGCGGACGCGUACUUGCGCUCAUGCCUCACCCUGAGCGUACAAUUAUCAAGGAGGUUGGCAGCUACAUUCCCAAGGAUAAGACUGAGGAUUGGGGUGAGCUUGGCCCAUGGAGCCGCAUGUUCAGGAGCGCGAGAAGGUGGGUUGGGUAAGCUGCCCACUUGGAUCAAAACGAUUGUUUGCAUUUGAUUUAUAUGGCGUUGGGGUGAUAUCCAUCUGAAAAGGGACGAAAACC